GCUGCUGGAGGUUUUUCUCUGUUUCAGUCCGCGGUGUCUCUCACACCGGAGUCUUCCUCAGUGCGUCAGGAUAUUUCACCGCCUCACAUCUCCUGUCAGGAUUCUUCUUAUCCAGGUUCAUCGUGUUUUUAAUCUUUUUUUUGUGUGUUCCUUACUUUCGCCUACUUGGAGAGUCUGCAGCGCGCUUUUACGCACAGCCCAGCGCAACACGUGCAGUCUGAAGGGGACGAUCUCAGGAGUAUCUCAUCCUCAGCUCCAGGAUUUGGCCCUUGGCUCUAACACUGUUGACAUUUCCAUGGAAACCCUGGCCUCUGUUUGGACCCAUGACCCCUGUGACCCCCGUGACCUCAGAGACCUCGGAGAGAAGCAGCAUGAGCCUUCGAGUGUGUGGGAGUCUCAGAGUGUCUUUAGCAGCUCUCCCCCUGCUGGUCUGAUGUGGACAGAGCAGCUCUCUCCCCACCUCCAGAGAAACAAACAGCUUCAGGACACUCUGCUGCAGAGAGAUGAGGAGCUGGCCCGACUGCAGGAGGAGAACAACAAGCUCAGAGCGUUCCUCAGCUCUUCAUUCGUGACGACACUUGAGCAGAAGGCUAAAAAAUUAACCGCUGAUGGGAGGAAGAAGCUGAAGAGAAACCUGACGUACAUGGAUGAAGGACCUUUCCUGAACUGCGGUCACCAGUUCGUGGCCUCUCAGCCGGUCAGCAAGAGAGUCUGCAGGAACCUCACUGCCGAGUUCUGUUCCGAGUCCUCCGAGGCGUCUGCCUCCUCAGAACCACAACUGGACAUCUGGGUUCUCCGAACGUUGGGACUGAAGGACAGAGACACCAUCGACACAUCCAAUGACUCCCUGUCCUCGCUUGGAUACAGCCUCAGAGGUUUAGUUUAUGAUACUGCAGUCUCCUCUUCCUCCUCGUCCUCUGGAUACACUCUCAACUCUCUCAGCCCGUCAGUUUCCACCUCUACACCCUCAUCAGCCCACAGCUACUGCCAAAGCUCCACAUGUCAACCUGAGUACAGGUACAGUGCUGCCAAAUGCCAAGAAGCAAUCUGUGGUGAUCCUGCCAAGUCAGCUCAGACCUGCACCACUUCUCCAGACCCACACUCUGACUUCACUGCCACUGCACCGACCAGACAGUAUGAAGCCCCUGAGGCUGUGACCAGGAGCUACAACACCCUACCCUUCACCCAGUCACCAGACAGAGCAGAGAUCUGCUCCAUCACUGCCUCGAGCCGAGCACAAACUCUGGAGGGAAACUCAGCGUACUGGUCUCCACCGACAGGCAGCCAGACGCCGUCAGAGGACACAUUCCAGUUCAGUUCACCAGCAGAGAGAAUCCAUUUCUCUCCCAUUUUGUCUUCGACUCCAGUCUCAAAUCAACCCUGGACAACUGGCUGCAGCCGAACCAACCUGUCAGCAGGAUCUCAGCCUCCCGUCAUGCCUCAGACACCUCGCGGCCGGACAGAUUUGGCGUUCAGUAUGUCUCUCUGCCCGUCCAGCAGUGUCAAGACACACAGCUUCCCCCAGGGACAAGCCUUCAUCAGGAAGGACACAGAGGGAAGGUGGAACUUCACCUGGGUGCCCAGACAAGGGCCGUAGGCAGCUUGUUGUCCCCUCUAAAGGACCUGGAGGAAUUUCAGGUUCCCUCUCAUAGUUCCCUGAAGAAAUGUCUCAGACCUCAGAUUUUGUACUGGGCCCAAAGGCACUGAUUAUACAAGCAGCAAAACAAAGGACUUAAAAAGGUGACACUUUUGGCCAAUACAAACAGGUACUUUUUCUUUAAACAGUUAAACUGCCCUCAAAGAGCUUAAUACAAUAAGGGAAAUAUUGUCCCUCUGAUAACUUUUGUUUGUUUUUUGAAACAUUAUGAUUCUGCCAUCAAUAAGGAUCUCACUCAGAUUUCAUGCUGCGUUGCCUCAUGAAGCGUUUAGAGAGUAAAGGAACCAGUGGAACCACAGUCUAACCAACUUGUUUUAGGGUCAAACUGUGGGCAUUACAGAACAGUUUACACUUUAGGUACAUAGCUAAUUACAGCCAACUUAUAAUAAGUGUAACAUUAAGAAUUAACAGCACUGCCUAAAAUGUUUUAUAUGUGUUGAAAUAUUUAUUUAAUUUGUCUGUGAAACUGCCACAAAGUGACGACUGCCUCAGAACAAACCUGCACUGACUUCAACAGGUUAAUAUUAGAAUAAAGGAAGUUGGUAAUAAAAAGUAACAGAUUACAUUUUACCUUAAAGUAAAUCCAAAAAAAUCAAUUACAGAAAAAUACAGUGACUCAACAUGAUGUUAAAGCUGCCACUGAUUGGUUAGAGGGUUGAUGAUGUGAUUUGAUGUGAUGAAAAGAGCUGAAAGAUGUCACUGCCAUUGUUGCUAACUAACAGCUAAUUGGUGAAAGUUAGUACAAAUGUGUUUUUAAGCAUAGUCAACCAUCGAACUAACCUACUGACUGAAGAGAAAGUAUUUUUGUGCACAAGGAAAAACUGUGCUGAAUCUGUGAAAGAAUAGGAACCACAUCGCAGGCGUCUGCCCUGUGGUUUUUAUUUUCACCAGAUGUGUGUGAAACAUUCACAUAAACAGUCGACUGAAAAAUCCCAUGUGAAUUUAUCAUGUGUAGAACAACAUUUCAUAUGUGAUAAAUUCACAUACUGACAGGUGAAAACAAUAGUUUCCAUGGCGUCACAGUCUGUGAGAACCAUGUUCAAAGCUUUGUGACAAAGUGUUUUCAGAUAAUUCAGUUUUUAAUGGGUUAUAACACCCUCCUUCGGUUCAUCUGACGAAAUCAAUAUCAGAGUUUGGAGACGCAUUUCACAUAUACAUGUGUUUUUUGGGGAAUUUGAAUUAACAGUGUGUUUUGUCUGUAAGUGUUGGACUCUGAACUUGAACUUAACCUGACAGAUUUGCAGUUUUUUGAUGUCACCAUCCUUGGAUCCACAGAUCACAUGACACCAUUCAAAUGAACUGAAUUUGGUGCAAAACUCCAUCCACAAAUCCAAUCCACAGUCCAGCAGCUGAUUAUGUCAAGCUGUUUAACAUGUAUCUCUCUGACAGGCUGUCUGCGUGCUCUAGUAUUUUUAUAUGACGUGUACAGAAUGAAUUGAGGAAACUGUAACGGAGAAAAAUAUUG